AGCUGCUGGUUCUAUAUAAACAAUGCUGAGUUCAAACCUGUGUCACAGCUGCUGCUCAGCAUCGAGACUUUUCUAGAAGUUUCCCUCAGGAAUUUUACAAGUUAACAAAAGGCUGCAUAAAUCAUGGAAAUAACUAUCGUUAUGCUGAGUGGUGAAUCCCACAACUUUCUGGUGAAUCCUAACGACACGGUGGGCGCUCUGAAGAAACUGAUCCAGGACAAACUCGGGGUUAGUUCUGAGAGACAGAGGCUGGUCUAUGAUAACGGACACAGGACUUUUCUCAACGACGACUCGAUGCCUGUGAGCGCAUACGGCCUGCAGAACGGCUCCCGGGUGUCUCUGAUCGUCACCGGGUCCUUCCAGGUGUUCCUCAGAAACGAGAAGGGGAAGUCGUCCACCUAUGACGUCACAUCGGAGGAGACCGUGAGCGACUUCAAGGCCAAAGUCCAGACUAGAGAGGGGGUCGCGGUGAGCCAGCAGAGGUUGGUUUUCCAAGGCAGAGAGAUGGCGAGCGGGAAACUUUCAGACUACUGCGUCAAAGAGCACAGCACCAUCGACAUGAUGAUGCGUCUGCGAGGAGGCUGAGGACACCUCUGGUUUCAGCAUGUUAUUUUACAUGAGCUACUCUUUAUAAGUUUAUAGUUUAAGUUAUAAGUUCAAGUGAAGGACAAAUGCCAUAGGAUAAGAAAUUACAUCAGUGUUUUUAUUUUUAACAAGAUUUUUCUGUGUCAUAUUUUUAAUUGCCUACUUGCAUAUUUUCCUUGACAAUAAAAACAUGUUAAAGGUACAGCACAUCAUGUUUUAAUUAUAUUUUCACCAAAGCCUAUUGUUAUAUAAACUUGGCAAUGUUAUAAAGAAAAUCAACAAUAUGAACUUACAUGAUUGUAAUUCAUGUUCUGUACUAUUGUAAGUUGCACGAAACUUAA